AUGGUGGAAAUAUCAGUCGCGGAUGCCUCUGGUAUCAUUGCUGCGGCGGUUUUUAUCGUUCAACUCUUCAUCCCCCUGGCGGUAGCGUUGGCCUUGGUGGGACUGGUGAGAGAACAGGAGGCGGCAGUCACUUGGUCUGUUCUUGGACGCACCCUGCAGUCAACAUACUGGCCCAUGAUCCUCCGCACCGACACUGCUGCAGGGACCGGUGUCCGCCGCACAGUCAAAGCCGGCGUCUUUUUACUUCCCGGGGCGCUCGGGGUGCUCGCCGUCGCUUCUAUUGUCACUCCCCUAGGUCUCUAUGACGGGUUCGCCCCAGCCCCAAACAAAGCGCUCUACGACUUCCAGUAUGUGAAAGACCCAACCGUGAUGGGCAGUGCCACGCCGCCACGCAGUCCGCUGCCCUUCAACCGACAAUGCGGGUCAUUCUACGAUUCUGCGUGUCCCGGCUCCAACACCAUAGUAUUGGACAGAACCAAUGAUACGCGGAGGUCUUCUGCAACGCCCUUCGGCUACAACGUUACCAUCCCGCAGAACGUGACCGAUGUGUUCGACAGUGGCCGUGCGGGCUUGGACAGCAGCGUGUCCAGUAUCUGGGACAUACAGUGGCGGUCGUAUACCCAUCGCAGCGAGGAGGUCUACAAUAACGGCUCGCGCCGGGUCCAGGGAAGCUAUCGGCCCAUCCAGCAGGUGUUCCUCGAGGAAGACUACGUGGUUGUCGAGGGACUCGUGGUGGAUGGGAAGCGUGGAGGGAUCGGAUUUCGCAACCACACCGUCCCUACAGCGCCGGGACACGGCGUUACCUGGGAGGAAGAUUUGCUCUGGGUGCAGCCUGAAAGUAGCUGUGUCAAUACAAACCUCACUCUGGAUCUUACCCUCGGAGAUGUGGGCUCGAUAGAGCACCUAGCGCUGACGGAUCAUGGCGGCUUCAUCAACGUCCCGCGGCGUCUGCCCAACAGGACGUAUGCGUCGGUGCAGGAAGAGCUGGAUCUAGCGUAUCAUGCUUUUCGGGGCGCCUACAUCAACAACAUGUGGACCAUGUUCUACAUGAACAUCACCAAUCCGGCAAACAAGACGACCCACACGGAGCUGUUCCAAUAUCUCAACUCACAUAUCGGAAAGAAUUUCACCAUACCGAGCGAGUCUGUGUCGGCGCGGGCGAUUCGGACCGGCGGACUGGCGAUGUUUAUUAAGAGUCUGUCGCUGUCCGAGUCGAAUACGACCAAUGCGACGGCUGGAACUUACUCAAACCCGUUUAACCUGUCAUAUUCGGAUUUCGAUGACAUAGACGCGUUAUGCCAGCAGACUUCCAAAGUCAGCCCGGUGAACAUAGACAGUGUCGCUGUCAACUGCGGCGUCAUAUACGGCGCAGCGACACCUUCCGACGGAUCGAGCGCGUCCACCUGGGAUCCCAUGACGACCUGGUCGAUCCCUCUGUAUACCUGUGCAUCGGCGACCAAGGCGUUGAUCAAGACCGUCCAUUUCUCCUACAACGGAACAGGCGGGUUGAAGGACCUGCAUGUGCUGGACAUUCGGGACAAACAGUACGACCGCACGGAAGACCUACCCUACUGGGGAGUCGAGCACCGCGAAGACAUGAUGAUAGGCGACGUCAAUCCUGUAUGGGGGAUCGUGUCCGCGGAAUACAAAGACCACCCCGGUCUGACUGUGGUGCAGAAGGAGCACCUCUGGCUGCCCGACGGCCAGUCGAUGCUCUCCAUCGGCUACAGCAGCGACAAUCUCCCCGCGGCGCAAUUCUCGCACAAGGCGUUGAGGGCCGCAUACGAGAUCGGCUCUUCGUCCAGCGACUUUAGCACUUCAGCCAGUGAAUCCAUCGCGGAUUACUCUGGCCAAACUAACGCGGGCAUGUUCACCAUGUGGCAGAACAUGACGCAGACGCCGGACGGCUCCGCGACCGUCUUCAAUCUCAUCUGGACAGACAUUGCGGCCAACGCGGUCGUCGGCACGCGCGCGUACAACUGGUCUGUCCGGCCGGAGUCGUUCGCGCGGGCCGAUGACCAGGAGAUCGGGAGUCCCAUUCGAGUUGCGGUAGUGCCUUACGAGCGUCGACUGGGAUACCAGCUCCCGUAUGCGAUUCCUGCGGUCUUUGUGGUGGUGAUUGUUUGUCUCAUUGUCCUGGCGCUGCUGGUGGUGGUCUGCAUGGGACGCACCGGGUUCGGGAAGAUGCGGCGCUUCCUGCAUCAUACGUCCGUUGGGCGUACGCUGACUACGUUUGUGUAUCCCAAUGAUUCGUAUCGGCAGGCUACGACGGAGACUUGGAUCAGGAGUGUGGGCGUGAAGCCGGUUGAUCUGUCGGCGGCGGUCCCCAUGGGGCGGACGGACGGGCGUGGGAGCAGUGACCAUGAGCCAUUGAUUGAUCAGAAGGGGGCUACACUUCGGAUGAACAUGGUACAUAGUUAG